ACUGGGGAUAGCCUCAGCCGGGGGCGGGUUCUUUGCCGUCCUGGUUACUAUGACGCCCGGCCCCCGCCCCCUCGGCUGGCCGCCAUCUUGUUGUUGAUCCGUACCCAGUGGGCAGCGCCGGGAGCUGGACCGAGCGGCCGGUGCGGGGCCGCUACUGCGGGGCUCAUCCACCUGCGCUGCCUGCCAGGGGCGGGCCGAAACCUGGAGGCCCGGGGGGCCCAGCUCCCGUGGGGAGCCGUGGGCGCCCACUGCCCGGGCUGGGCCGGAAAGAAGAAUAAGCUGAACAGACUCUGACUGUUGGCUUUCAGUUCGCCAGGAUCUUCUGCCUAGCUGUCUUUUUGUGGCCCAUGUGCUGCAUCCUCUGCCCUCAGUGUGCAGCUGGCCCCCAACGCAAUGUGUGUUUGUCAAACCAUGGAAGUGGGGCAGUAUGGCAAGAAUGCAAGUCGGGCCGGAGACCGGGGAGUCCUCCUGGAGCCCUUCAUCCACCAGGUGGGCGGACACAGCAGCAUGAUGCGCUACGACGACCACACUGUGUGCAAGCCUCUCAUCUCCCGGGAGCAGCGGUUCUAUGAGUCCCUCCCUCCCGAAAUGAAGGAGUUCACCCCUGAAUACAAAGGCGUGGUGUCUGUCUGUUUUGAGGGAGACAGUGAUGGUUACAUCAACUUGGUGGCCUACCCUUAUGUGGAAAGUGAGACUGUGGAGCAGGAUGACACACCAGAGCGGGAGCAACCUCGGCGCAAACACUCCCGCCGGAGCCUGCACCGGUCAGGCAGUGGCAGUGACCACAAGGAAGAGAAAGCCAGCCUGUCCCUUGAAACCUCUGAGAGCUCCCAGGAGGCAAAGAGUCCGAAGGUGGAGCUCCACAGCCACUCAGACGUCCCUUUCCAGAUGCUGGAUGGCAACAGUGGUCUGAGUUCUGAGAAGAUCAGCCACAACCCCUGGAGUCUGCGCUGUCACAAGCAGCAGCUGAGCCGCAUGCGCUCAGAGUCCAAGGACCGAAAGCUGUACAAGUUCCUCUUGCUUGAGAACGUGGUGCACCACUUCAAGUACCCCUGUGUUCUGGACCUGAAGAUGGGCACCCGGCAGCAUGGUGAUGAUGCAUCAGCUGAGAAGGCGGCCCGGCAGAUGAGGAAGUGCGAGCAGAGUACGUCAGCUACACUGGGUGUCAGGGUCUGUGGCAUGCAGGUAUACCAGCUGGACACAGGACACUACCUCUGCAGGAACAAGUACUAUGGCCGUGGGCUCUCCAUUGAAGGCUUCCGCAACGCCCUCUAUCAGUACCUGCACAAUGGCCUGGACCUGAGGCGUGACCUUUUUGAGCCCAUCCUGAGCAAACUGCGGGGCCUGAAAGCUGUGUUGGAGCGGCAGGCAUCCUACCGCUUCUAUUCCAGCUCCCUGCUUGUCAUCUAUGAUGGCAGGGAGUGCCGGGCAGAGUCCUUCCUGGACCGCCGGGCCGAGAUGCGUCUCAAGCACCUGGAUACUGGGCUCCCUGAGAUGGCGCCACCCUGUGGCCCUAGCACCAGCCCCAGUAGCACCAGCCCUGAGGCCGGCCUCUCCUCUCCACCCAAGGUGGAUGUCCGCAUGAUCGACUUUGCACAUAGCACGUUCAAGGGCUUCCGGGAUGACCCCACCGUGCAUGAUGGGCCAGACCGAGGCUAUGUGUUCGGCCUGGAGAACCUCAUCAGCAUCAUGGAACAGAUGCGGGACGAGAACCAGUAGGCCCCGCCCUGGGCCCCCAGAACCCCUUCCUCUCCACCCGCAGGCAGGGACCAUUGCUCUGACUGAACUCGCCGUGAGGACACACAGACUUGCUUUUAAAGGGUUAUAUUUCUCUUUGGUGUAAACUAAAAGAAAUGUUUUUAGCUGUA